UUUUUUAUUUUUUUUUUCAUAACUCUCUUAUCUUCUUCGUUAAUAAUUUUUUUUGAACACAAAAAAAGUUUAAAUAAAUAUAAAUUAUAUUCGGUAUAUUUCUUAAAUAUAUUUUGAAACAUAACUUGCGUUAAUAACAAAAAUGAGUGAUUUACAACGCAGGAAAUCUUUGUUCCGUUUCUUUGGAAGAAAGAACAAAAGUCACUCUCCUCGUCUUCCUGCUGAUUGUCUAUAUGAAAUUUUUACUCUUCUUAAAGAUGAUACAAAAUCACUUCAUUCAUGUAUUCUUGUUAAUAGACUUUGGUGCGAAACUGCUAUGCCUUAUUUAUGGUCUAAGCCUUUUCGACAGUCAACUCCUCCCCCUGCUUCCCUUAUAAACAAUUUUAUCGCAUGUCUAAGUGAUGAUGAGAGAGCCGAACUUAUUCAAGCUGGAAUAAGAAUUCCUACUGUAUUUAAAAGACCUCCAACUUUUAACUACGCUUCUUUUCUUCCACAUGUUAGUUUAGAAAGUCUUUAUUCUGCUGUUCAUCAAUGGACAUUACAAACCUCUGUAAAACGACGUAGUUUGGCAAAUUAUAGAUGUAAUGAGAUUAAUGAGAUGGCACUUAGUGUAUAUCAUGCCCUUUGUCGAAUAUUCUUUGAUGAUCGUUCAAAUAUUUACUCUUUAAGUUUGGAUCGUCCAAGUAGACAAAAAACUUCUUUAAUGGAUAAAUCUUAUGGAUCUGAUUUACAUGUUCGCAAUAUUAGAGAUUUAUCUAUUCGUUAUACUACCGAUACCUUCCUUUUUGACGCUUUACAUAAACAAGCUGUAAAUAUUGAAAAUUUAUCAGUGGUUAAAUCAUCAGAUUCUGGUUUAAAAAAUUUUAACGAUCAACAAUUUUUAUCGUCGUUGAUAUUUUCUCAACUUAAAUUACGUCAAUUUUCGUUAACAUGUUAUGAUUCUGUUAAUGGAUUUACAUCAAAUGUUUUAACACCACUUGCAAGUCAAUCUGAUACGCUCGUUUCUCUUAAACUUCAUGGUAUUCCUUUCCCUAGUGAUUGUUCUAUUUCAGCCUUGACAAUUUGUUCUAACCUUGAAGAAUUGGAAAUACGUCGUUGUACAAAUGGUCCUGGAUGUAGUAUUGCACCAAUUCAAGCUGCCGAAUUUCCAAAUCUCCGUAAGAUUCGUGUUGUAGAAUCUUCUAUUCUUUGGGGAACCCUUUUGGAUGUUGUUAUUUCAAAAAAUCCUUUAGAUUUGGAAGAAGUUUUAUAUCAACCUUGGGAAGAUGAAGAACAUGAUACUUUAUCAACUUCAAUCAUACAAAGUAUUGCUCAAUGGAAACCAAAAUUAAAAACAUUUGGUAUAGCACUUAGUGCUGAUGAAGUUUCAUUCCUUGAAGAAAUUCUUACCACACCAGAAUGUAAAAUUGAAAAUCUAAGUUUAUUUUCUUUGGGUAGUCCCGAAUGUGGAAUGGAAAAGAUUUGGCCUGAAUUAGGACAUCAUAUGCCCUCCACUUUAAAACAUCUUAAUAUAUGGAUUUUCAUUUGUGCUAAAUCAAUGGAUCAAUUCCUUCAAAAUACGAAAGCCACUUUAGAUUCAUUAUAUGUUGAUGCAUGGGUUGAAGAUUUUCUUUGUCACCCUUAUAGUGACGUUCUAACUCAUUAUCUCAAAGAUAGACCCAUAGAUUUAGCCGAAUUUUUCCACCCGGAAAUUUAAUUAAAAAAUUUUAUUUUUAAUUAUUAUUAUAAUAUUAACACACACAAUAACAAUUUUUUUUUCGUGUUGAGCACAAAAAAAAAAUAAGAAAUUGUUAACAAACAAUAACUAUCAUUCAUUUAUUACUUAAUUUAUAUAGUAUAUAAGGAUGUGAGGCCCUUAAUACUUAAUCGCUCCUUAAUAUAGGAAAUUUGAACUCACAUCCCCUAAACAUUAAUUUUCCGUUAUAUACUGCCGGUUUCAAACAUAUAUUUUUUGUUUAUAAUCUAUUAGCGUAUAUAAUUUUUUUUUUUAUAUUAUUAUUUUUUUC